UCAGAGAGAAAAUGGCUGUUGUCGACUCACUGCUGCAGUUUUCCAGCACAGGUACAUUACUGGGAGCUUUACUGUUGCUUCUUGGUUUGUAUUUGCUUUCCUCUGGAUCCAAAUCUCAGAAAGAAGGGAAAGAGCCACCAGGACCCAAGCCACUGCCACUGUUGGGGAACCUCUUGAACCUUGAUCUCACGAGACCCUUUGACACCUUCUUUGAGCUCUCCAAAACCUACGGGAACAUAUUCCAAGUGUUUUUGGGUCCUAAAAAAAUGGUUGUCUUAGUUGGAUACAAAACAGUCAAAGAAGCUCUUGUGAAUCAUGCAGAAGAGUUUGGCGACAGAGAUAUUGCACCUAGUUUCCGGAUAAUGAAUGAUGAGAAUGGGAUCGUCUUUUCAAAUGGAAAGAACUGGAAAGAGAUGCGAUGCUUUGCUAUCAGCAACCUACGAGAGCUUGGGAUGGGCAAGAGAGGAAGUGAAGAUAAAAUCAUAGAGGAAAUUCAGUAUCUCGAAAGAGAGUUUGAUAAGUUUGAAGGGAAACCCUUCGACAUGACACAGCCUGUGAACUAUGCUAUGUCAAACAUCAUCUCAUCUAUCGUGUAUGGCAGCAGAUUUGAAUAUACAGAUCCUCGAUUCACUGAAAUGGUCGACAGUGCAAAUGAGAAUGUUUACUUUGCUGGAUCGACUUCCAUGAUGAUUUAUAAUAUAUUUCCGUGGUUGGGUCCAAUCCUAAAACAAAAAAGGAUUAUUGUAAAAAAUAUUGUGCAAAGUAGACAACAUAUGACUAAGUUGAUCAAUGGACUUCUGGAGACUCUGAAUCCACAUGACAGCAGAGGAUUUGUCGAAUCCUUUCUCAUCCGCAAACAAAGCGAUGAGCAAUCAGGCAAGAAGGACUCAUACUUUCACCAGGACAAUCUUAUGAUGUCUGUGACAGAUCUGUUUAUUGCUGGUACUGACACCACAGGAACGACCCUGCGCUGGGGUUUGAUGUUUAUGGCCAAAUACCCUCAUAUACAGGAUCGAGUUCAGGAGGAGAUUGACAGAGUGAUUGGUGGACGUCAGCCAGUGGUGGAAGACAGAAAGAAAUUGCCAUAUACAGAUGCUGUGAUUCAUGAAACCCAGAGACUGGCAAACAUAGUACCCUUGAAUCUCCCUCAUAUGACCAGCUGUGAUGUUACCUUCAAUGGAUACUUCAUCAAGAAGGGCACCACUGUAGUUCCUCUGCUGACGUCUGUUUUGAAGGAUCCAACCGAAUGGGAAAAACCAAACAGCUUUUACCCAGAACACUUCCUUGAUGAGAAGGGCCAGUUUGUGAAGAGAGAUGCUUUUAUGCCCUUUUCUGCAGGCCGCAGGAUAUGUCUUGGAGAGAGUUUGGCCAGGAUGGAGCUCUUCCUGUUCUUCACUUCCCUCCUUCAGAGCUACCGCUUCACAACUGCACCUGGAGUGUCUGGAGAUGAGCUGGAUCUCAAAGGAGUAGUCGGAUUGACGUUGAAUCCGUCUCCACACAAGCUGUGUGCGAUCAGACGCUCCUGAAUGAAGAAAAUAUCAGAAAAAAAAACCAGAAACCUUCUCACCUCCAUUUAGAAUGCAUUGGGUGAUUGUUGUUUUAUGUCAUCACAUUACAUUUAUAUUACAUUUAGUCAUUUAGCAGACGCUUUUAUCCAAAGUGACUUGCAAAUAUGGACAGUGAAAGCAAUCAAAAUCUACAAAAAGAGCAAUGAUAUACAAGUGCUAUAACAAGUCUCAGUUACAGUAGCUUAACACAGUAAACAUAGCAAGGAGUUUUUAAAUAUAAUUAAAAAAAAGAAGACAGAUACAAUAUAAAAAGAAUAGAGCAAACUCGUGUUAGAGGUCUUUUUUGAUUUUGUUAAUUGUAUAAUAACUGAGAAGAAAUGAAAACGGAUAGAAUACAAAAAUAUUAGAAAGUUACAGUGGUUAGUUUUUUUGGUCCAGUUGGAUAAAAAACUGCCGAGGAGUUUAUUGACCGAGAUAUAACUUCUAUUUUCAAGAUAAUGAACAAUGAGCAUGGAGGAUUUUUUUUUUUUUUUUGUUGUUGAAAGGAAUGAAAUUAUUUACUCAUGAAAUUAAUUCUUUAUGAAGCCAAACACUCAGGAACUCUCACAAUGCAAAUGCCAUACCACAAAACAAGGGCUUUGAUCUCUUUGUGAAGCUAAACUCUCAGGAACUCUCGCAAUGAUUUUAUCAGAUAUGAAGAUCUAGACGAAAGAACAUUUGCAAUUUGGUCCCUUCACCCAUCCUUCCCCCCUGGGUACAUGGUCCGGGUCACUAAAAGUUGACAGAGAAAUGCCAAGAACUCAAAACUUUUGUAGAAUGGUGUUUUGCUGAGAAUGGGGUGUGUUCCCCUAUAGGGGUCUGUGAGAAUGCUUAUCUCCAGCCAGGUGUGACCCUGAUGUGAUCACGGCAACCUAAAGAACAACUGAUUUGAAGAUUUCUUUGUUGUUUGGUCUGAGUAUUUAAGGGAAGUGUAUUUGUGGAGUGUAUUUCAUAGUAUAGUAUGCUCCAUAGUAUAUGUCUUGCUGAAGUCAGGUAUACCAUUAUUUAAUAAAAAAAAAUUAAUUGUGUUAAAUACAUUGUGCCCAUAGAGCACACUAUAGUUCUUUGUGCUACUGCCUGCGCACAUUGGCUAAUUUAGUUUAUUCUCUAAAAAAUCUGAGUGCUUUGCUAUGCAUUUUAGACCAUGUGUCUUAAAUUAGGAUAACUGUUACAUGUGUGACUAUGUUAAAUCAAUGAAUCAAUAAAUUAUGAAUAAUUUGUGACCCUCUCUUUGAAAACCACAUACAUCAACACACAUAAUGUAAAGAACAUUGUGAAAAUAAACCUUGAUAUCUUUA